GCUUUUUCACUGCGUUGGAGGGAGGGGUACACUUGUUGUUGUACGGUUGAAAGUAGGGGGUGAAAGUGGCGCUAUCCGGGUGCAGAGACGUCGGAUCUCCCAUUCAAAAGUAGUAUUUGAAGAAAUCACUGAAACCAAGAAGGAGUGGAUGCUCUAGAAGGGAAGCAAAGUCCUCCUCCAGAUAAGAAACCAAAUGGGGAAUCUAUUAAAAGUGCUCACUUGCACUGAGCUUGAGCAGGGGCCAAACUUUUUCCUUGACUUUGAAAAUGCACAGCCCACAGACUGUGAGAGAGAUGUAUGGAACCAGGUGAAUGCGGUGCUCCAGGACUCUGAGAGCAUCCUCUCUGGCCUACAGGCCUACAAGGGAGCCGGACUUGAGAUACGAGAUGCCAUUCAGAACCCAAAUGACAUGCUCCUACAGGAGAGAGCCUGGAACUCAGUCUGCCCCUUAGUCAUACGACUCAAAAAGUUCUACAGUUUCUCGCUGAGACUAGAGAGGGCCCUUCAGAGCCUGCUGGAGUCCCUGACGUGUCCCCCCUACACCCCCACCCAGCACCUGGAGAAGGAGCAGGCUCUGGCCAAACAGUUUGCUGAGAUCCUUCACUUUACCCUGCGCUUCGACGAACUCAAGAUGAGAAUUCCUGCCAUCCAGAACGACUUCAGUUAUUACCGGAGGACGAUCAGUCGAAACAGGAUAAACAACAUGAAUUUGGAUAUAGAGAGAGAGGUCAACAAUGAGAUGGCUAACAGGAUGUCACUGUUCUACGCCGAGGCGACGCCCAUGCUGAAAACCUUAAGCACAGCUACGACAAACUUCGUAACAGAGAAUAAGACCUUACCCCUGGAGAACACCACUGACGUUCUCAGUACAAUGGCCAGUGUCUGUAAAGUGAUGCUGGAGACACCAGACUACACGAGCAGGUUCAACAGUGAGGACACGCUGCUGUUUUGUAUGAGAGUGAUGGUUGGCGUCAUCAUCCUGUACGACCACGUUCAUCCCAACGGAGCCUUCAACAAGUCCUCCAAGAUAGAUAUGAAGGGAUGCAUAAAGGUCCUCAAAGAACAGCCAGCAGAUAAUGUUGAAGGUCUCCUGAACGCCCUCAAGUUCACCACCAAACACCUGCACGACGAGUCCACUCCAAAAAACAUCAGAUCGAUGCUUCAGUAAGGUUUUUAUAUGAAGAGGAUCAGUGUACUGACCUCAACGAAAGAUGUAUAUGUUUACAUAAUUUAAAAGACUGGAUGUUAAUACUUGUGUAUUUACAUAGUCAUUCCCUCCAAGAACAUGUACCUUUUACUUAGAAAAAUGAAUAACCUAUUCUGUUAUUAUGUUGACAUACCUUUCAGCCUUAGAAACUUAGCUUGGCAAGUAGUAUUUGGAGAAACAAGCACUCUGGUUGGUUCCUGUGACUGAGCCAAGCACACUGGUUAGUUCCUGUGAGUGAGCGGGCGAAUGAAAGGAGCUUCAUCUGUGGUUUGCGUCAACAAAAGAUUAAUUCCAAAUCGACUCCUAGCCUGGGGUGUAUUAAUUAGUCGGAUUCCGUUUGCAACGGAAACCGUUUACUGUUUACUGCAGGAAGCAAACGGAAACAAACAGAGCAAACGGAACCCAACGUGCAGGGACCUACCUGCAUGUGUCCAAUAGAAACUCUUGUUUCUGUUGCAAAGCGUUUUCUGAUUGGAGUAAACGGUUUUCGUUGCAAAACUUUUGAAGACUAAUGAAUACACCUCUGGUUCCAGAUCUGUUUGCCCUGUCUUCCCAACUCCUAUGGAUGUCAGAUGGCAAGGUGAAAAUUGUUCAAACCUACACGAGCAUCUCCUAUCUACAGGAGUGCCAAGGGAGUAGGGGCUAGCUAGGGGUUGGUUUGGAAUUUAGCAAGGGAAGCAUUGAGGGGAAAAAGUGAUGGCUUUCAUAUAAAGUGUUCUCAGUAAGUUGGUGUGCAUUGUGCCUUGUUGGCAAGAAAUUGACAGAAAAGGCAGUACGCGCCAUAAGAAAUAAACAAAUCAACCAAAUGUUAA